AAAGGAGCCCGUAGUUCGCCUCUUCAGUCCUCUGUACGACGUAAGUGCUGAAAGUCGUGUAAAAAGUUGUAUCCGGCCCAGAAUACCGCGUGAGGAAUUCUGUUUAUAAAUACGCGAGUGGCGAAACGUGGCACCGGUGUGGAGAGGCGCGGCGAGUGUGCAGGUUCAAUCGGGGUACUCCAGCGGCGAAUAGUGGUGUAGGGCUCCGGCGGCGGCGACAGGCGUCGGCGCCGCAGCGGUGUCGGGAUGCGCGGGCGCCGAUGAUAUUCACGGGCGGGGGGGCGCGCCGCCGUACAUCGCCCGCACCGCGCCCGCCGCCCGCCGUGCGUCCGUCAGCUAACCGCUACCGUCCCAAUGUUAUUAAUUGGUUGCCGGGCGGUGGCUGCAGUGAGGCCGGCGAGGAAGUGCGCCGGUCCCGCGGGAAGCGUAUCACUCAGCGGCGAGGAGCCAUCAAACACAAUAAAGAACACGAAGUGAACGGACACCGAUUCGUGGCGAAGUUUUUCCGCCAGCCAACAUUCUGUGCUUUCUGCAAAGAGUUCCUUUGGGGCUUCGGGAAGCAGGGAUACAGAUGUGCGGUGUGCCAGACGGCUGUGCACAAGCGAUGCCACAACAAACUGCUUGGAAAAUGUCCAGGGUCGCCAGCUCAUUCGGAGUCCACUGUGUACUUACGGGAGAGGUUCAAAGUGGACGUGCCUCACAGAUUCCGCCCUCACCAGUUCAUGUCACCCACUUUCUGUGAUCACUGCGGCGCACUACUCUACGGAUUUUUCAAACAAGGCUUGAAGUGUGAAGACUGUGAUGUAAACUGCCAUCGAAAGUGUGAAAAACUUACCGCUAACUUAUGCGGAGUGAAUCAGCGACUUCUCGUGGAAGCAUUAGCUUCGCGCCCUGCGUCUAAACGAGGUGGUGACAGUCCUGGGACAUCUACGGGUGCGCCAACGCAAGGCGAUACCCACGAUUUAUUGGAACAAGAACUUGAACAAUCAACAGCCUACGGGUUGUUCCGAAAGACUGGUCGGUUCACGCCGCCCGCCCGCUCUAUACCGCGCUUCCGCAAGUACACCAUUGAAGACUUUCACUUUGUCAAAGUGCUGGGAAAAGGCAGUUUUGGAAAGGUUUUGUUAGCAGAACUCAAGGAUACAGAAUACUACUACGCGGUAAAAUGUUUAAAGAAAGACGUAGUUCUAGAAGACGACGACGUUGAGUGUACACUAAUAGAAAGAAAGGUUCUAGCGCUCGGUACCAAUCAUCCGUACCUUUGCCACCUCUUUGCGACCUUCCAGACUGAUUCUCACCUCUUCUUCGUGAUGGAGUACUUAAACGGUGGUGACCUAAUGUUUCACAUUCAGCAAAGUGGACGGUUUCCAGAGAACCGGGCGCGAUUUUAUGCGGCAGAAAUUGUAUCGGGCUUGAAAUUCCUGCAUAAAAGAGGCAUUGUCUAUAGAGAUUUGAAAUUGGAUAACAUUCUUUUGGACUUCGACGGACACGUGCGCAUAGCUGAUUUCGGCAUGUGCAAACUACAGAUCUAUCUGGAAAAAACAGCGGACACGUUCUGUGGAACACCAGAUUAUAUGGCGCCCGAAAUAAUCAAGGGUCUAAAAUACAACCAAACUGUAGAUUGGUGGUCCUUUGGCGUUCUCCUGUACGAGAUGUUGAUCGGACAAAGCCCUUUCAGUGGAUGUGAUGAAGACGAGCUGUUCUGGUCGAUCUGCAAUGAAAUGCCGUCGUAUCCUCGUUUCCUUUCGCAACAAGCGCUAACCAUACUCACAAGGCUAUUGGACAAAGAUUCCAAGACGCGAUUGGGUGGAACCGAAUGUAUGCACGGAGAUGUCAGGGACCAGGAAUUCUUCAGCCCGAUCCACUGGGAGAAACUUGAAAGGAGGGAAUUGGAGGCACCGUUCAAACCACGCGUACGACACCCAUUGGACACGCAGUACUUCGAUCGCGCAUUCACCGGCGAGCGUCCCCGUUUGACAGCCGUCGAGCCGCACGUGCUACGUUCCAUGGACCAAGGUCCCUUCAGAGGAUUCUCUUAUACCAAUCCGAAUGCGACAGAUCGUUAACUACGAAGAUUUGUAACAAUGGAUGUGGACAUUUUCAGUUGGCCGACGUCAUAUGGCGACAGCUGGCGUCAGACUGAUGGAUUUGAGAUAGAACUGAGUAGGUCUCUACACAUCGAAUCCUAGAACAUUGGACUCGGUAUGUGAAUAGAUGAAUAACACGUACAUUGCUUAUUUAAAAGACGUGUAAAUCGAGAGUACAAUUUGAAAUUGAUAUUAUUCGGCUCAACGAUUGGCUGAUUUAAUUGGUGAGCAGUGCUAAAAAGUUUUAAGACCUAUUAAUAUGAUACACUUAUCUCAAUGUAGGUUACAUUUGAAUAUUACAUACAUUAAGUGUCUGGUACACGAUUUGUAGUUUUAAAUGUAUAAAGUUCUUUAAUUAAAAUAAAUUAGACAAUAAAUAACUUACAGUGUUAAAGAAAUAAAAGAGAUACGGUUUCCUUUUAAUAUUCAUUUAUUAAAUUUCCUCUUAUUGAUAUACAUAUACAUAGCAAUAUAUCAUAGGAGGAUAUUUUAGAUUACAUGUAUUCUGUUUUACCAUUAUAUAUUAAGUUUAAUAUUAAUAUACGAAUUUGAAACUUAUCAAUCAUAAUUGAAUGUAGAUAUAAUGAUUAAUAUAUUUAUUUUUGUUGUAUUGGAAACUGGAUUUCUAAAUAGUAAAUGUGAAUUGAUUAGUUUUCAUAGUUGAUUAAAAUGAAUCUGCGAUGUAUUCAUAUUGUAUUGCAUAUCAUAAUAAUUUAAAUAAUAUCUUUGGUUGUAUAUUGUUUGUUAAAAAUUUAAUAGCAAGUAAAAGCCUAGUUACAAGACUACCUAUUCUAUAUUUUUAUUUAUCAUAAAAUCGAAUUGAAUACUUCACUAUAAAGCUUACCUAUAAUAUCCUAAUAAUUAGUGUUUCUAUCAAACCUACUGACAAUCAUUGUGAGUACAAGUAUUUAUAAUAUCAUACCACUUAUAUUAAU